AUGUCAACUACAUCAGCUCAAAGCAAUACCACAUUCAUUGACUUAGAGUUGGAUCUUGUGGCUUUGCUUGACAACAUUGCCAACCUUCCCGUCGACCCUCCCUCGCUGCAUCUCGAUCUAGAGGGAAUUGACCUGGGCCGUCAUGGCCCAAUAUCGAUCCUCCCCCUCCGUACCGCUCCCACCCAAAAGACUUGCCUCAUCGACAUCCACAGUCUCGGUAGGGCCGCCUUCUCCACCACUAGUAAUAGUGGAACCUCGCUGAAAACUACCCUGGAAUCUUCAACCAUCCCUAAAGUCGCUUUCGAUAUCCGUAACGAUUCAGAUGCCGUGUUUAGUCUUUUUCGGGUUUCUGUUGACUGCACUAAAGAUCUUCAGCUCAUGGAGCUCGCAUAG